GCUCCGAGUUGAUACCCGCAGGUGUGAAUAACUGCAACAUCUCAUUUCCGGAGUUCACAUCUUCAACCCUGUUAAUAAUUCUCGAAUAUUUAUACAUGGGAACCAUCACGCAAGAAACAUUAUCGCUCAAUAAUGUUGUAGAGGCGUACUUAUGCUCCGAAUAUUUCAUGAUCCCGCAACUCGAGGAAAUUAUAAUCACAUUCUUGGACAAUGCGCUUAGAUGCAGUGCUGACAAUAAUCUGUCAGCGAGGCUGCUAACGCAAGCAGCCGAGCUCAUGCUACCAUCAGCAGGCGACGCAUUUUUUCGAACUUUAUAUAGUUGCUUGGCAAUAACGUCACUGGAAACCAUAGAUUACGAAAAUUUGAGCGAAGCCGCAUUAAGAUUCCUACUAUCGUCGAUUAACGAGGAUGACACCGAUGAAGAAUUUGUCACCCCAGAGUAUAGCGUAUUCCGAUAUAUAGUAUUAUGGUCGGCACACAAGGUUUCCUCCAGUUUAAUGACACACUUUGAACUUUUAUUACCGUCGGUCGACUUGGCAGAACGCCUUGACGCACAACAGUUGAAUCAACUACGUAACUUGCAGGAGAGGCGUAAUAGAAAAUCCAAAAACUCCGAAAUAAAAAAAUCAAUUGAACCAAUAUUAUCUCCGCUAUUGAGUUGUGUGAAUUUCAACCUGAUCCAUCCUUCGAUCCUAGCAAAUAUCGUGGAACCAUUGGGAAUCAUUCCUCCCGAAAUACUUGAGAAAGCGUUCCAAUGGCAAGCUCAAUUGCCACCUGGCAGUGGGCCCAAAAGGAAUAGGGGGUUAAUUGCAGCGAAACCCGAUAAUUUGAAAUUGCACUGGGAUCAGAAAGCUCACGGUAAGAAGAUGGUGUUGCUGGAGCAUGGGACGGUUAUUAAAAGUCAGUUGAGAAAAUUUGGAUUUGCAAGAACUUCCUUACCAAUUCGGGGAUAUGAGAUUUACGAAUGGGACUUCAUAAUCGAAGAAGCAUGUAAGCACAUGUGGAUUGGGGUGUGUAGUAUAAAAAAUAGCAAAGUGAAUUAUUCAGUGUGGCUGGGGGGAACGAGUUAUGGAUGGGUUUUGGGAUCGAAUGGAUAUCUGGCUCAUAAUAAAGGAGGCAUAGUUAGCGAAAAUUCGAAGAGAAAUUUGAUAAAUUACGGUGUCAAGUUUACAAAAGGAACGAGAAUCACCGUACACCUGAAUAUGGGGAAUAGGACAUUGUCGUAUUCCGUUAACGGAAUAAAUUUUGGCGAGGCGUUCAGAGAUUUGCCAAAUGAAGUUUACCCGGCGGUUUCUAUAAAACGUCCUGGUAAGAUUAGAAUCCAACCUCACAAGGAUAGGUCCUCGAUGAGUUCGUUGGGAUAA